AUGUCAGAAGGCGCCAUCGCCAAGCUUGAGGCUCGGGUCCGCGCGGCCGAACGCCUUGCUGAGCGCGCCCAGGCCCGCGGCGCGAUCGAGAACAUCUUCUCCAAGUACAUGCACCUACACAACGUCUUCCGCGACGAGGAGAUCAAGCCCCUCCGGGUCAAGCGCGGCACCGAGGGCAUCCACGCGCAGUACACCAACGUGGGCGUGUACACCGACUACGACUCGGUCAUGAAGUACCACUCCGGCGGGCCGUCCCCCGUGGGAAAACUGAUCCUGCACAUGACCAACACCCCUGUCAUCGAGGUCGCCGAGGACGGGCAGACGGCCAAAGGGUUCUGGCUCAUGAACGGCCUCGAGUCGGGCACCACGGACCCGGCCAACGUCGGCGCCAUGCCCGAGAACCUGUACGAGCCGGCCGACAAGAACGUGCAAGGGAAGCGGGUGUGGGCGCACUGGGUCUGGUGCCAGUACGCGCUCGACUUCCUCAAGCAGGACGGCGAGUGGAAGAUCUGGCACUUCCGGUGCCUCGAGGUCGCCAGGGCGCCGUACAGCGAGAACUGGAUCUCGUUUGCGGAGAAGAACCAGUUUGCGUUUGGCAAGGGCUUGGCGUACUUUGGGGACGACGGAAAGGCUGUCUUCAUGCCGCAGGUCGACAAGCCCGCUGAGAGCAGGUCAGACAUCUACAGCCCGGACCGGGUGCAGAAGUUGGCCGUGAAGCUUCCCGAACCAUACACGACUUUCAAAGAUGUCCCGGCGUACUGA